AUGGCGGACUGCCCUGCUGGGCGCGUGCUCCUACGUGCGCUGGGGCGGCAGCUGGACGUGCAGGUGGAGGAGUCGGUGAUGCGGGCGGAGGCCGAGGCCUUCGUCCCGCGCCGGAGCGGCAGUGGCGUCGGCGGCGCCGCGGCAUGCCGCCCGGCGGCGGCUACGGAGUCGGGAGGCUGGCAGGUGCCGAGGCGCGUGGCUCGUGCGCGGCCCCCGCAGCCUCGCCUGGAGUGCAAGAGGCGCCCCGGCCCUUUCUCGGCCCUGGAGGAGUGCGGGGACGACGACGGCGACGACCCCGAGGAUAAGGAGCUGGAGGGUGUCGACAAGGGCCUCGCCGGUGAGGUGGUCGACAACCCCGAGGAGCAGGGCCUCGGGGAGCAGCAGGCGCGGGAGCAGGGCUUCGAGGAGUUCAGCUACGGCGGCAACGCGGCCUGCCUGGGGCGCAGCCUCGAGGAGCGGCAGCAGGACUUCGAGGAGUCCUGCAACACGGAGGUUGACCCUCCCGAGGAUCUCGACAAGGGCUUCGACGGCGAGGUGGUCGGGAACUUCGAGGAGGACCCCGAGGAGCAGGGCCUCGGGGAUAUGGAGCGGGAGCAGGGCUUCGAGGAGUUCUGCAAAGGUGUGAAGGAGGCCUGCCAGGGGCUCAGCCUUGAGGAGCAGCAGCAGGGCUUCGAGGAGUUCUGCCGCAGCAUGGAGGCGGAGUUCUACGAGGGCGGCAUCAAGGCGCAGGACUUCGCGGAGUUCUGCAACUGUGUGCGGAAGCGCUUCGAGGAGCGUUACUGCUUUCAGGGGGUCUGGGGGAAGAUCGAGGCCGAAACCGAGCUGCAGCGGCUGCUGGAUAAGCUCGGGGGCAUCGUCUGGGAGAAGGAGCACCCCGUUGAGGAAGAGGACCAGCGCUUCGAGGAGCAGCAGGUCGACGAUGAGGUUGAGGACGUCGCGGAGGGCCUCGAGGAGCCGAGCUUCGAGGAGCUGCGGGCCCUGGAGGGCCAGGAGGCCGCUAUCGGGAAGCAGGACUUCGCGGACUUCUGCUUCGUCGCGCGGGCUGCCUUCGACGAGAAAGGUUUCGGAGCGCUGGCCAAAGCCGAGUGCCUGCAGCUGCUCGCGGAGCUCGGUGCUAGGCUCCUGCCUGCCGCCGCCCCUGAGGCCAGCUCGGCCGCGGGUAGCGGCCCGAGCGAUCCUGAUUCUGAGGCAGGCCCUGCAGGCUAG